AUGUCCUCAAUUUCGCUGGAGAAGGAGUCUCCUUUAGAUUUCCUGUUCACCAACCCAGUAGGGACAGCUUUGGCAGAUACAUAUCUUUCUUUCUCGCAGAGAAGGGCGGCGCUAGGAUUGUCGAACCCAGGGACAGUUGAAAACAUUGCGCGGGAGGUCCAGCGAGAUGUAUUUCUUACCAACUACACCUUUUCCGGGCUGAGAGCGGAUCUUACCAAAGCUCUCAGCAUUGCUCCUUUAUUCCAAGUCUCGCAUGCCUUGUCUAUGGGCUCGCAGGGCCUGCCGCCAUAUACAUUUGCAGCUCUAUUCGGUACAAACAGGAUUUUCAUGCAAGGGAAUGUCGAUAACGAAGGUCAACUCUCAACCAGAUUCAAUUACCGAUGGACGCCCUCGUUGGUGACAAAGACUCAAAUUCAAAUGGCGCCAGGAAAUCAAUCGAUGAUGCAGUUGGAUAACGAGUAUACCGGUGCUGAUUUCACUGCCUCAAUAAAAACACUCAAUCCUUCCGCACUCGAUGGUGGCCUCACUGGUAUCUAUAUUGGAAGCUACCUACAAUCCGUCACCCCAGCUCUUGCUCUCGGUAUGGAGGCAAUCUGGCAACGCCAGGCCCUGAAUCAAGGACCGGAAACUGCUCUAUCAUUCUGCGGAAAGUACAGAGGGAGUGACUGGGUUGCGAGCGCCCAGCUUGCUGCACAAGGAGCGAUUAGCACAUCAUACUGGCGAAGACUUACGGACAAGGUUGAGGUGGGUGUGGAUUUGAAUCUGCAAUUUGCUGGACUGUCAGGAGCCGGAAUGAUGGGAGGGGUGAGGAAAGAGGGCGUGACAACAGUUGGUGCCAAAUAUGACUUCAGAAUGUCUACGUUCAGAGCACAAGUGGAUUCGACCGGAAAGUUGAGCUGCCUGCUGGAGAAGAGAGUCGCCCCAAUGGUCAGCUUGACAUUUGCAUCCGAAAUGGACCACGUAAAGCAAUCCGCAAAGGUCGGUCUCGCCGUGUCCAUAGAGGCCGGAAGCGAGGAUCUUGUAGAACCAACCGGACCACCAGCGCAAAUCCCAUUUUAA